UCAUCUCCUCUCAUCGACCUUUCCUCAUAUGUUCUUUCCAUCUGACACGCGCAGAGAGAUUCUUGUCUGAAUAUAUACAAACAUACGUAUAUAUAUUAUUACAGCAAAAAUGAAAAUGGGCAAUGGAGGCGGUGGAGAAGACGAUCAGCAGCACUGCAACAACAGCAAUAAGGCCACAAAUACUUUCCUCCCAAUGUUCUGCCGCCUUUCUCUCAACGACAUCAAGCCCCCUGCCCCUCACCCCUACAAAACUCCGAUCGCCGGCGCCGGCGACCCCGGCUCGCCCCGAGUCAGCUGCAUCGGCCAGGUCAAGCGCAACUCCCGCGUCGUCGGAUUCCCCGCCGCCGGCCACCACAAGCACCGGAAACCAUUUUCCGCUAAAACCCUCCUCCCAAACACGGCCUUGUCGGGAUCCCGGACCUGCCGCCCUUCCGUACCGCCAAGAUCAGUAAGAACAAUCCUUAAAGAUAAUAAUAAUAAUAAUAAUAAUAAUGUUGUUAGUUGCGGCGGCGGUUUUAAGGUUGUGGAUGUCGGAGAAAUGGAUCCGCCGCUGCCGGUGGUGAAGAGGGCGGCGGCGGCAGCGGCGGAAGUGAGUCUUUGGGAAAGAAGGGGGAAGAGUCAGAUUAAUGGGGUGGAGAUUCAGAGACUGAGAAUUGAAGAGAUCAAAAUUGGUGGCAACAAUGGCGGAUUUCGAUUUCAGACAUCACCAACAACAGCAUAGCAUAGCAUAGCAUAGCAUAGCAUGAUCUGAUAAUAGGAUA